GAUGGAAGUCAAAACAUCAUUUAGCAAAGCCAGCAGGAUUCCCGAAACUGUAUCCACAUUAUUUAAUGAAGAUUUUGUCCUGGUUCAUCAGCAAUCUGAGGACACCUCUGGAAAAGAUGAAAAACCUCAGCUAAAGGUGUUUUCAAAUGGAGAUGAUCAGCUGGAGAAGGCAAUGGAAGAAAUACUGAGGGAUUCUGAAAAAGACCAGAACAAUGCUCUCCGAGAAGGUUCCAGUGACGCAAGCAGCCUGGCAGCUGGAGAUGGGUCAGCAGGACAAACCAGUCAGCCAUCUUUACACCUUGUUUUAGACCCUUCUGCUACAGAAAUCUCUGCACCAAGGCCAUCAUCUCCCAGUGAACCCCUGGAAGAGGACAGUGUAUUGUUUAAUAAACUGACUUAUUUAGGUUGCACAAAAGUGUCUGCCCCUCGAAAUGAACCGGAAGCUCUUCACGCCAUGGCAAACAUGAAAUCCUCAAGUCAGGCCCCUUUUCCUGUAACGCUUUAUGUUCCAAACAUUCCAGAAGGCUCUGUAAGAAUAAUAGAUCAAUCAAGCAAUGUGGAGAUAGCCUCUUUUCCAAUCUAUAAGGUGGUGUUUUGUGUGCGUGGACAAAAUGGGACUUCAGAGAGUGACUGUUUUGCGUUUACUGAAAGCAGCUGUGGAACUGAAGAGUUCCAGAUUCAUGUUUUCUCCUGUGAGAUUAAAGAGGCGGUCAGCCGAAUUUUGUAUAGUUUCUCAACAGCAUUCAAGCGUUCUUCCAAACAAGCAUCUGAUGAUGUGAAGGACUUGGUUCUUCCUACGCCAGAUAGUGAUGUGUACACUUUCAGUGUUUCCUUGGAAGUCAAAGAAGAUGAUGGAAAAGGAAAUUUUAGCCCUGUACCAAAGGACAGAGAGAAACUGUAUUUCAAGCUUAAACAGGGAAUUGAGAAGAAAGUGGUGAUUACAGUUCAGCAACUCUCGAACAAAGAACUGGCCAUUGAAAGAUGCUUUGGGAUGCUGCUAAGCGCUGGACGAAAGGUGAAGAACAGCGACAUGCAUUUACUGGACAUGGAAUCCAUGGGAAAGACUUCUGAUGGGAAGGCUUAUGUAAUUACUGGAAUGUGGAAUCCUAAUGCACCCAUGUUUCUGGUACUUAACGAGGAAACUCCUAAAGAUAAGCGUGUGUUCAUGACUGUGGCAGUGGAUAUGGUUGUUACUGAAGUAGUAGAGCCAGUCCGGUUUUUGCUGGAGACUGUUGUGCGUGUGUAUCCUGCCAAUGAACGCUUCUGGUACUUCAGCAGAAAAACCUUCACAGAAACUUUUUAUAUGAAGCUAAAACAGUCUGAAGGAAAAAGCCACACAAGUGCUGGGGAUGCAAUUUAUGAAGUUGUCAGUCUACAAAGAGAAUCUGCAAGAGAGGAAGAAUUGGUCAGCCCAACAAGAGGAGGAGGGCCUAUGUCCUCCCAGGAGGAUGAGGCAGAAGAAGAGAGUGAUAAUGAACUCUCCAGUGGCACUGGUGAUGUGUCAAAGGAUUGUCCCGAGAACAUUUUGUAUUCCUGGGGAGAAUUACUGGGGAGAUGGCACAAUAAUCUCGUUGUGAGACCAAACGGAUUAUCUACCCUGGUGAAAAGCGGUGUUCCAGAAGCACUGAGGGCAGAGGUUUGGCAGUUGCUGGCAGGAUGCCAUGACAACCAGGCAAUGCUGGAUAAAUACAGAGUUCUCAUCACAAUGGAUUCUGCUCAAGAGAGUGUCAUUACACGAGAUAUUCAUCGUACGUUUCCAGCACAUGAUUAUUUCAAAGAUACGGAAGGAGACGGUCAGGAAUCUCUAUACAAAAUCUGUAAGGCAUACUCUGUCUAUGAUGAAGACAUUGGCUACUGCCAGGGACAGUCUUUCCUCGCAGCUGUGCUUCUGCUUCAUAUGCCGGAGGAGCAGGCAUUCUGUGUAUUUGUGAAAAUAAUGUAUGACUAUGGCUUGAGGGACCUCUACAGAAAUAACUUUGAAGAUCUCCAUUGCAAAUUUUUCCAGCUGGAGAAGUUACUGCAGGAGCAGUUACCAGACUUGUAUAGCCAUUUCUCCGACCUCAAUUUGGAAGCUCAUAUGUAUGCAUCCCAGUGGUUCCUCACUCUUUUUACUGCCAAGUUUCCACUGUGCAUGGUCUUCCACAUCAUUGACUUACUACUCUGCGAGGGUAUGAACAUAAUCUUCCACGUAGCCUUGGCUCUCUUAAAGACCUCAAAAGAGGACCUUCUACAAGCUGACUUUGAAGGAGCUUUAAAAUUCUUCAGGGUUCAGUUGCCCAAGAGGUACAGAGCUGAAGAGAACGCCAGAAGACUGAUGGAACAAGCUUGCAACAUUAAGGUGCCAACAAAAAAGCUGAAGAAAUAUGAGAGAGAGUACCAAACCAUGCGCGAGAGCCAGCUGCAGCAGGAAGACACGAUGGACAGAUACAAGUUUAUAUGUUUGUAGGUAACUCUCCUGCUGUUGCACUUUUACGGGAGACCUUCAUGAGACGCAGAAACAAAGGGUGAUUCUCAGCUGCAGACACACAGAGGAGAAAACACACAUUGCUCUAGCACAAGCUGUGUGCAGUGGCAUCCACAGAGACUUUUGGAAGAUGAGCUCUUCCUUGACCGAUACGACCCUUGUACUCAUCUCUGUUCAUACCAAGCGCUAGUUAACUUUUUGUGAAUACAAUGCCUAGUACCGUGGGACCCAGGGGUCUCCUGGGCUCCCAAGGUACUACUGCAGUAGAAUUAAUAGUAAAAAAUACCCUGCUUUAAAGCGGCGGAGAAACAAAGGUUCAGUUGUUAAUAUGAUAGCUUGAUAGUUCAUGAAAAAAAGAAUAGUUCUUUAAUUUUGGAAGCAUUGCUUGUCUUUCCAAUGUAUUUGCUUUUGUUGUCACUGCUACAUUCCGUUGCCGUAGACUGUUGUGUGACGGAGGCUCUGCCUCUAGGCAUAUACUUCACUUAGUGUUCAGGAUCCAUUUAUUGCUUACCCUGUUUUGAAAAAUCCGGUUUUCUUUAGGUGAAGCUGCCAGAGAGGAAGCACUUUACUGCCCAGUGCCCAGGUUCGCUGGGAACUGGCAUUGCUUACCUAUACCUGUACUGUUUUCCUGCUGUUCUUCAUCGUGCCUUAGGAUGUUAAGUGACAUUGCAGUUGGUACGGAGUCUACCAGGAGUGCGGAGUAGUAAAUCAUCACACAGUGUGCAACAGGUUUCCGUGGUCUGUGAACACAAGGCAAAUGCACCGUGUUCAGAAAGCCACAGUAUGAAAAUCUGUAGUGAAGGACUGUGCCAUAAUUCACAAAUGUGACCAGAGUUACAGGUACAGGCAAAGUAAAACUGACUUU